AUGAAGCCACUCCGCUUCAUCCUCAUGGCAGCAGCACUGCUGCUCGCCGUUCUCACCAUCUCCGCCUCCGCCGCCACCCACUGGGACAAGGACGACCACGAGAUCUUCGAGCUCCAGUCUGCACUUGAAAAAUCCGAAGGCAAAGGCGCCACCUUCUAUUCGGUCCUCAACAUCAAGCCUACGUCCAACUUGGCGGAGAUCAAACGUGCUUACCGCAAGAAAUCGCUCGAACUGCAUCCGGACAAGAAUUUGGGCAUGGACGGCGCGCAGCAGCGCUUCGAGCGACUCGGGCUGGUGUAUAAGAUCUUGCGCGAUGGGAGGAAGGACAGAUACGAUCACUUCUUGAAGUCUGGCUUUCCCAAGUGGAGGCAAAACGGCUACUUCUACGAGCGCUACCGGCCUGGGCUUGGAAGUGUGGUGGUCGGCAUUGUGCUAUUUAGUAUGGCGGUCGAGGUGGGCAUCUCGAAGCUCACGAGUGGACAGGAGAGGAAGAAGAUCGAGAAGCUGAAGAUGUCUGCUAGACUGGUCGCGUGGGGUCCCCGGUACCAGGCCAUCCUCGCUUCUGUCCUCUUCACCUCGGACACACCCGCCGGAGUGCCGCCCAGCAAGAUCCCGCAGACAGAAAAGAAAGUGCGCGUCCCUAUCACAGGCUUCGCCUCCCUCCCGGCCUUUCCUCCCACCCACGCUAUCAAAGCAGGAGACGUGGACUGGGACGUCCAGGAACAACUCACGCGCUCGCUCCUCUCGAACCCCGCCUCCUCCGCCACCGAUGGCGUACCCAUUGUCGAGUGCCGCGUCAAGGGCGACGAGGUAGCGUUGUAUGACAAGUUCUCGAACGAGUGGGUAAGGCUGGAGGAGGAUGAUGCUAGGCCGAGCGGAGUGCUCCAGACGUGGCCGGUGCGGCUGGUGGGCGCGCUGGUGAACAAGGUCACAGGAAAGCAUGAGGAUGUGUUGGGCGAGGUUGAGGAGGAAGACGAGGUGGUCCUGGACGAGCACGAAAAGGUGAAUGGAGCCAAGAAUGGGAGGGCGCUCAAGAAGGGGAAGAAGAACAAGUAG